UGUCACACGGGACAAACGAGAUCAAUGCCAAAUUUCAAAACAAACGAGCGCGAAAAAGCGGAACAAGCAAGACUGCCACUGCUACGAGUGCCUGUUCGAGGACAUAAACAAAGGUGCUGGUCAGUGUGGUUUCGGUAGAAGGCGUAGAAGGGAAACACUUGUUCGCGAACGAGACCGUCGCCGCCGGCAGCUAGCCGAUAGCUUAUGAGGGUUCUGCUUCGUCUGUUCCAGCAGCAGCAGCAGCAGCAGCACGCCAAACUACUAGCAGCACCGUCGGGCGGGUUGUUCCGGUGGCGCCAAGCAACAGCAGCAGCAGCAGCACCAGUGACAGCGGCGCUCGUAGCGAUUUCCGGCAUCCGAAUGGCCGCCUCAGAGGAACGCAUCUAUCCGACCACCUUGGAGGGGUUUGGCUACGGGUUCAAUGAAGAAGGAAAGCUGCGCCAGCUUGACAAGGACACGGGCAAGCUGACGGAUCGCGUCUUCGACUAUCAGGUGUACACGUCGCUGUCGGAGAAUCAGGCCCACUACGAGGCGCUCGGCGACGUCAUCACGCAGUACGUCUACGAGCGGCUGGAGGAAAAGGAAGGCAUGAAGAAGCUGUACGUGCCGGCCGAUGUGCCCCCCGAGGAGGCCACGUUCGUGUUUAGCACGGUGGAAAAGUUGGACCGGCCGAAGAAGCUGCUCGUGCUGAUACAUGGCAGCGGCGUGGUUCGGGCCGGCCAGUGGGCCCGCAGCCUCAUCAUCAACGAUUGUCUCGAUUCGGGCACGCAGAUCCCGUACAUCCGGCGGGGCCGCGAGCUGGGCUACGAGGUGCUGCUGCUCAACACGAACGACAACUAUCGCACGGUGAAGGGAGCGCGGAAGUCGAUCCGUGGCAGCCGCAACCCGACCGAGCACGCCGCCACCGUGCUGGAGCAGUACAUUCUGGCCAGCCAGCCCGAAUCGGUCGCGAUCGUCGCGCACAGCUACGGUGGUGUGGUAACGGUCGAGCUGGCGCAACGAUUUCCGGACUUUUUCCGCGACAAAGUGUUUGCGGUCGGGUUUACCGACAGUGUCCACGCCAGCUCGCUCGUGCCGGAAGCGUUGAAAAAGAUUGGCCGCAAUUGGGUGACGGCUAAGGAUCCACUCGACACCCCGCUGACAAUCACCAAGCACGAUAUUCCCCGACACUCGGCCGGCCAUAUCAAACAUGAGAUGACAUCGUACAGUUGCAUGAGUGCACUUUUCGAGUUUCUCGAGAGCCGCUACGCGGAGUUUCGGACCAACCGGGGCGAAGAACCGCGUUCGAAGAAGGCAAAGGGUGACGAGCUGUAAGUGCCUGCCCGUGGAAUAAGAAUAAAGUUUACGAAAUGAAACGAAUGGUUUGUGGUGAAGCAAAAUGAAUAUCACCGUAGUAAGUAGUGUAGUGAGACAUAGUGAAACUUUCCGGCUAGAAAGCAUAAUGUGCUUUUAAAGACCGCCUUCGAUAAGCCUUUGCAGAGGAAGUAUCAGCAUCGAUUAAAUGGACCGUGCGCCGAACGUUUCGAUUGGAUCAAUAGCUUCCAAGAAAACCCUUCUAAUAGCAACGCGGAGUGCUGAUGCUGUACGGCAAAGAUUUACACCGAAGCAACGGUAGUGUCGCGCUAUCGGAACGUUUUUAUCUUUAACCACUCUCGCGAAGGACGCACACGCAGCAUCACGGGCUGUGGGGAGAGUGAGUUUUUUCAAGUACAACACGCACACAACGCGCGAUAAUCGCGAAGCAAUUGUACUACGGAGCGUUGUCGUUGUCGGUCGUGUUUGCAGCACAAACGCGGGCGGACAGAGUAGCGGAGCCCCAAUCUUAACGCGAAAUUCGGUUAGUAGUAAUGCUCGGGCGUGCCCGAAAUAGAUGCCCGGUGGCGGUGGCGCGGUGACGUUUUAAAAGCGAUGCCCGGUGUGUUUGUGUGGCACAAUAUUGUGUCGCCCGUGAAGGGUCGAUUUCGUAUGCUAAUGCUGUUCGCUCUCCGCUGGGUGCUGCAGCUGACGAAGCUAAUUGAGCGUGUUUAUCUGUGGAGUGGCUUACACGUUGCCAAGCGUCCUUUGCCGUGACGGGGGGCCGUGACAUUUCAUUCGGGAAAGUUUUGCUAAGAGGGAAAAGGAUUAGUUUUUGUGGGAAAAACGCAUCUUUUGAAAAGUUGGAAUCGUAAAAGGGCGAAAUGAAUUAAUGAAUUCAUCAAUGGCGCGCAUUCGGCGAGGACUUUUGACCUUUGCAUGAAGAAAAAAGCUCAAAUUAAUGGCGAGCGAACCAAUUUUUAAAUCGUCCAUCAUGAAACAUGUGGGACGGGGUCGCUGGUAAAGUGUCAAAAUUUCAAUAAUCAAACAACACGAACAGCGAACGGAUUGGAUUCCUGUAUUAAAAACAGCGAUCGAUAAGGCUCGGAAUCGGGUGCUAAAGGUUGUGAGCAGUAAAUUAUCAGCCGCCGCGGUACACACUUCAGCACGUUUCAGCGUUUCAGCGUCGGAAGAACGAUUUAUGGGACUCGAUGUGAAUGGGCGAACCACAUUCAUCAUCAUCCGGCAGGAGUGGCAGCGAGAAAAAAAAAGAUGAGGGUAGAAAUC